UCAUGAAUUUGUGGGUGUGUAUGGGUGUGUAUAGUUAUACAGACCCACAGGUGUCCAUGGACCUCCUGAGGGCGGUCCUUCAACCCAGCUUUAACGAUGACAUCAUGGCCGUGUUCCGAAAAUACCACACGUUCUUUGAGAAGGCGGCGCAUAACGUGAAGGAGAAUAUUGGUGACGAGGUGCACGCAGAUCAGCUCAUCAAGGAAGCAUGCAGGAAUGUUCUGGAACAUGCCAAAGUUAUGUUUGCCGAAAGUGAGGCAAAGAAGCCGAGUUGCGAGGUCAGCGUCAAGCGUCCUCGAGGUUGCGAAGAAAGCAGCAGCCAGAGGGGCAGUCCGGUCCCCAAAAAGAGGAAGAACCGCACAAGCGGCGCCGUAGCGUCUGACCGAUCAUUGAACAUCUCCGCUCACGUGAAGGCAAAGUGUGAAGCCAUCAAGAAAGAAGGACCAAAGUGGGAGCCGUCCAGACUGAAUGAAAGCAGCACUUUUGUUUUGGGGUCCAGAGCUAACAAUUAGGGGGGCGGCGAUUCUCCCGGCAGUUGCUGCAGCAAUUGACGGAAUCCAGCAAGAUGACUUUGGCAGCAUAUGUCACAGACCAAACUAGAAACUGGACCAUCAUAGAUGUUGCUGCUGCAUUUCCCGCACUGUCAAUUUUCAAUAACAUC